AUGCGUGCGGCCGUGGAACGUGCCUCUCACGACCCAGAAGCAGGCGAUACGUCGCCUGUUAUCGUGAAUCCUCCACGUGGUGAGUCACCACGUGCGACAGGUACAUCCGCUGCGCCUGCAGCGGGUACUGCGAGUCGUAAUCAAGCCGAGUCUGAGACAGAGCUCAUUCUGGCGAGUCGGAUGAUGUAUCUGACUCGAAGGCGACUCCUCACGCCUCGGGUCACCCGGGGCGGACGCUGCAAAAGACAGGCUGACUGGCUCUGGUCAGCGCGGCAUUAUCACGACCGAGAUCUUCUGAUCGAGUGA